AUGCACCUGCAGUUUCCAGGACCAGCGGCUGUUCCUCUGAGCAUUUACACAUUGUUUGUUGUGUAUGUGCCUUCAUUCAUUUCGGGCUAUUUCUCAGAGCCCAAGUAUGACGUCGUGGAAGACGAUGUCGAUGUCUCGGUGAAGGAGGCUUUGGUGCAAGACGAGAACGAAGACGGCCAAGAUGAACAAGUCGUCGCUGAAGAGAUCCGAAUUGAGGAGACCAUCGUCGUGAAGGCAAGGUCACGACCUUGGGUUACUCUUCUGGCCGGCUCACCCAGCCCGAGCAGCCCUAUCUUGUCAAUCUUGACGUUCCUCAUCAACGCUGUGCUGAUUGCCAUGACCACCGACUUCUUGUUUCGCGUUCGGCAGUAUCACCCGGUCGAGGACCUCUCAUUCGUGCGCCUGGGCUAUGUUUCCCCCUCGGAAGCCAAGUUCGUCUUGCGCGAGCCUGACCAAGCCAAGAUGCCGGUAACCAUCGAGAUUCACAUCAAGGACCCUCAGCCUCCUUUCGACAACCCCCUAUGGCAGAUUGGUGGCGGCUUGAGGUACACCGACAAUACCACUGACUUCACAGCUACUCUGACCGUCCCCUUGAAGCAUUCGCAACAGAGAAUCUACGAGUGGAGGACUUCAAACAACCACAGCGGAGAGUUCGUCGCUCCUCCCAAGCCGGGUCAGAUGUCAGCUUUUGCCGACAACAAGUUCACUUUCCUCUCGACUUCGUGCAUCCUUCCUCGUUUCCCAUACAACCCUCUCGAGCAUCCUUUGGCCAUCCCAGGAAUGCGCCACCUCGCCAACAUCUUGCCAAAGCUGCAGGCCCAGUUCAUGCUGUUCCUCGGUGACUUCAUCUACAUCGACGUUCCCAAGCGACAGGGAAAGCAUGAGGAAGACUACCGUCAGAAGUACCGCCACGUGUAUGCUUCCCCCGAUUGGGCUCCAGUUGGACAGAACCUUAGCUGGAUUCACGUCCUUGAUGACCACGAAAUUGGAAACGAUUGGGACCUGAACACCACUGGUGUCUACCGGGCCGCCAUUGAGCCUUGGCACCACUACCAGGAGCUCGCCAAUCCCCCUCCUGCUCGCGUUGCGGGCACUACUAACCUGCGCAGAGAGGGUGCAACGUAUUUUGACUUCGUGCAAGGCCCGGCUUCUUUCUUCUUGCUCGACACCCGCUCUUACCGAUCCACCAACUCCUUGCCUUUCGAUCAUCCGGAAAAGACCAUGUUGGGCGCCCAGCAGCUGGAGGACUUUAUUGACUGGCUAAACCGUCCUGAGCCUAAGGGCGUCAAGUGGAAGAUUGUCGCCUCUUCGAUUCCUCUCACCAAGAAUUGGCCAGUCAACACUCGGGAUACCUGGGGUGGUUUCCUUGUCGAGAGACGCAAGGUACUGGAGGCAAUGUGGGAUGCUGGAGCACGGGGCGUCGGUGUCGUGGUUGUGUCCGGUGACCGGCAUGAAUUCGCAGCCACCAAGUUCCCUCCACCAGCCGGCGGAAGGUGGCCUGAGACGGCUGCCGCCUACGAGUUCUCCUGCAGUCCUCUCAAUCAAUUCGCUUCGCCAUUGCCGACUUACAGACAGUACGAUGAUGAGGACGUAGCUCUGAAGUACGUUCACUCUGGCAACUCCAAGUUCGGCUCUCUUACUAUCGAGAACUUGGCCGAGGGCACGCAAAGCAGCUUGAAGUACAGCUUGUUCGUCGAUGGCGAGGAGACUUGGAACACGAUGAUCUUGGCACCUCCUGUUGUCGGUGGCGACACGUCGUCUUCCUUUUGGAGUAAGCUGAAGGGCAAUUAG